UCGGUCGUCGCGUCAGUCCCACACGUGGUGUCGUUGAGAGCGGACGUAAGAAGCGCCGCGUCCCCGAAAGCUAGCGUCUUCGUUUCGGAAAAGAUCUUAAAAAAGUUUCAAGACCUAAAAAACCUUCAAAGGUCCCUAAAGCCUGUAGAGAAUCGUAUUUUAAUCUUUAUUUCUACAAAGAAAUAAAAAACAUAUGCAAAAGUGAACAAAAGUUCGGGAAGUGGCCGCGCACUGCUUUCACUCAAGACGAGUGUGUGUUUACCCCCCCAGUACGUGAAAGUGUGAUGCAGAAAUAAAUACAGUAAAAGGAGGAAGAGAGAGAGAGAGAAAGAAAGAAAAUAAAAUAAGCGGAAAAAACUAGAGAAUUCUUCGCAGAAAUUCUUUUCUUGUCCGUUAACAAAAAAUUUUUUUUUCCUUGUGAAAAUUCGUUUCGACAGCUUCUCCUUUCACCCGGGCUCAAGUGUCGCGUGUUGUUUUUAUUUCACAUCCGAGGAACUUUUUACUUCCGGGACAUUUCGACGAACCCUAAGGGAAAUUUUGCGGCCUGGAAAACCGCGGACGACACCGAAACAUGGAGAAAAGUGCAGCAGGCAUGGACGCUGGGGCGAGUGGACCACCGAUUGCGUCCGCACCGCCUCCCCCCUCGGCCCCGCCCUCUUACGAGGAAGCCGUUGGUUCGAUAGGCAUGAUUAAUCCACACAGAAAUUUGGCUCCAUAUCCAACGGGCCAGCCUGGAAUGCCGACACCUUAUGCACCAGCAGGGAUCGUGCCACCUUCGAUGUCCGAUGCACCGUCAGAUACGUACGCGGUGCAAGCACCAACGAGAACGGAAAUUCGAGUCGUACGUCAACCGGUGCCAUACGCCCUCGGGCCAAAUCCUGUGAAAAUGCAGUGCCCAACUUGCAUGGCGAACGUCAAAACGUCCACCGUUUCACAGAGGCAGCCGAGUGCCCAUAUUUGUUGCAUCAUACUCUGCGUACUUGGAUGUUGUCUGUGCUCUUGUUUGCCGUACUGCAUGAGCGCGUUCUUGACGGUGCAUCACUAUUGUCCGAGCUGCUCAGUCUACAUUGGUACGUGGAAGGGUUGAUGGGUUUAAGUUUCCAUUCCUCCCCUCGUUCCCUCUUGCCCAAGUUUUUUCCAAGGGUUUCUUUAGGUCUCGGAAGCUAAAAAUUCGGGCGAUUCGUCCAAGUUUGCAUUUAACUGAAUAUCUGACAAGAGAAGCUCCGUAGAGUUUCCAAUUCUUCCGAAAAAUCUCGUUUUCCAUGAGCUUUGAGUACAGAACGAGACGUUAGUAAAUUCGAGCUCCUGGCUCCACGUUUUUUUUUCUUAUACUUUCCCAUUUAUUUUCAUACGAUUUUACAUUAUUUUACGAUCGAGUUAGGCCGAUCCUCUCGUCAUUGAUGAUUCCAUCAAGUGCACAAAGAGUCAGUGAUUAUUGAAAAACUUAACGAAUCAUCGGGAAGUAAGAAUAAAUCUAAAAAUUUCAGAAAUCCUUAAGAUUCUUUGAUUCGGCUCGUGCUUUAAGCAAAGGAACUAUCUCCAUUUUCCUUCUCGUUAUUCCGUCUUCGCAUUUCUAUCCAUUACGUUAAUGGAUCGACAAAUAUUAGUCUUCGUACGAUGUGUAGAUUUUUUCAAAGUCUGUAUAAUAAUAAUACGAUAAUAAUUAUAAUAAUAAGAUAAAUAAACAACAAAAACAAUAUAUGUUAUAUAUUAAAUAAAAACGCUACAAAUAUAUAUAUAUACACACACAUAUAUAUAUUUUUAAUAAAAAAAAUGCAUUCUUUCAUUCCCUCUGUGUCUAUAAAACAAAACAAAAAAAAAAACGAAUAAGCGUCAAAAAUGUGUGCGAAAAAAUGCAACAUUUUUUGAUGAAAUUUAAAAAUAAAUAGUUCAUAUUUUUUGAAUGCGUUGAGAUACAGAAUUCGAAGAGAUCGCGAUCGAAUGAAAAAAUAAAAAAUACGUCAACUUGCAGUAUUCUCUGAACUCCUGUAAUUAUUUAAUUAUUAAUUAAAUGAAUUUGGAAAGGUAUCGAAAACAGCUGAAAAACACUGUCGCUCCUGUAAAGACUGUGGCAGCGACUCGUUACGCACAAAUGUAAUUGCUCUGUGAGUCGCCGCCGCGACUCUGGAUGUACACAAAACGUAUGUAUUAAAAAUGGAGGAUAAAAGCUUAUGGAAUAAUGA